AUGCGGCUUGCUCCAAAGCAAAGAUACUUUGGCUUCAAGGGAGGAUGGCUGGUGUUUUGGAUCACUGUCGCUUGUGCAACAGACAUGACACUGUUUGGCUAUGAUCAGGGCGUCUUCUCUGGUGUUGUCGUUAGCGACGACUUUCUCGAACUGCACAACCUUGUUGGGCCUUCGAAGACCAAAGUCUUGUCUACUGUUGCUGCGAUCUACGAUGUGGGCUGCUUCAUAGGGGCAAUCAUAGCCUUCACCGUCGGUGAGAGACUCGGACGAAAGAAGACCAUUAUUCUCGGUACCGCAAUUAUGUCCAUCGGAGUGAUUUUAAAGACUAGCUCAUUCAGCUUACCACAAAUGUUCGUGGGACGCGUCAUUCUUGGUAUUGGCAAUGGUAUCAACACUGCAACUGCUCCUAUCUGGCAAACCGAGACAGCACCAGCCCGGCUGAGAGGAAAGCUCGUUAUACUGGAAAUGAUGACGAACGUCGGCGGAUUUAUGAUUGUGAACUGGAUCAACUACGGAUUGAGCUUUGUCGCCGGCUCAAUCCAAUGGAGACUGCCUCUGGCGUUGCAGUUCAUCUUCAUCUUUGUCUUGUUUGCUACAGUUCCUUGGCUUCCCGAGUCUCCACGGUGGCUUAUUGCUCAUGGCCACGAAGUAGAGGCGAUUCAAAUUCUGGCCGAUCUUGAAAACAAGUCCACGGACCAUGCCUUCAUCGUUGCACAGCAUCAGGAGAUCGUCUAUGGUGUCCAGUAUGAACGCGAACACUCGAUAAAAUGGAGGGACCUUCUUCGUGGUCGCACCGAGGAUGGAACAAAAAGUGCUCGUCGUCUACUUCUUGGAGCUGGUACGCAAUUCUUCCAGCAGUUCGGAGGCAUCAACAUCAUGUCGUACUAUACCCCGACGAUCAUGAUUACCUACGUUGGUCUAAGUAACUCUAUGGCACGACUGUUAUCGGCUUGCAACGCCGUCUCAUAUUUCAUCUUCGCUGGCGUCGCAGUACUCUUCGUCGAGCGCCUUGGCCGGAGAUCUCUGAUGAUGAUAUCGACAUUCCUGCAGCUUGUUGCUUUCCUCUGCAUCUCAAUCCUUCUGAAAUAUGCUAUGGCUAAUGGUAGUACCGAAUGUGCCAAAGCCGCCAUUUUCUUUUUCUUCUUCUACAACAUCGCCUUUGCUGUGGGUAUGCUCGGCGUGCCUUGGCUAUAUCCUACGGAGAUCAAUAGCUUACCAAUGCGAACAAAAGGCGCUGCAGUAGCAACAGCGACGAACUGGAUCACAAACUUUGUCAUAGUCGAGAUCACGCCGAUUGGCUUUCAAAAUCUUGGAUGGAAGUUCUGGCCUAUUUGGGUAGUGACCAAUGCUCUCUUCCUACCCAUCAUCUACCUACUCUUUCCAGAAACCUCCUCUCGGACUCUCGAAGACCUGGAUGCAUACUUCCGAUCCGACCCAAGCUUGAUCGUCGUCGGAGACAAGGAUGCCAUCUCUAGCAAGAGACCUCUGAAGUAUAUCGAAAAAGAGAACGAUGAGGUUCAUAGAGUGGAGGAACAGGACGCUGGAGUCAGAGAGCGAACCAGCAAGGUCGAUCUUAUUGUUGAUGUAGAAGCCCGGCAUCACGAGGUCGGCAAGAUUCAGUAA